AUGCCGCCCAAGCGUCUUCUUCACUCCUGGAAUGCAGAGACUCAUGAAGAUGUUCUGAUCGCUCUCUUGGACAUUAUGAAACCUGUCAAGGAAGAUUGGGCCAAAGUCAUGGAGAACCUGCGUGAGAAGGGGUACACCUUCUCUGAGGGUGCUUUGGUAAACCCCACUGUUUGGGAUCACGAUGCCCAUCUCACUCUUCUUCAAGCCGUCAUGUCUGAGAACCCUCCCACUGCUGAUGAGUGGGAGCGAAUCUUGAAAAGGGUUGAAGCCAAGGGCUACAGAUACACUCCCAGUGCUGCUAUGUAA